UCCACUCCGUUGGCAGCGGUUGCGUUAUCUUUUUAGUUUGGCUUUACACGUUUGUAAAUAUUUUCACCCCCCGUCAUGUCAGUGUGUGUAAUUAAAACAUGUUAGUCAUUCACAACUGAGCGCUUUUCUACCUUAAAGGGACUCAAAGCGCUUUGACACUACUUCCACAUUUACCCAUUCACACACACUGAUGGAGGGAGCUGCCAUGCAAGGCGCCAACCAGCACCCAUCAGGAGCAAGGGUGAAGUGUCUUGCUCAGGAUACAACGGACGUGACAAGGUACUCAAAGCGCUUUGACACUACUUCCACAUUUACCCAUUCGCACACACUGAUGGAGGGAGCUGCCAUGCAAGGCGCCAACCAGCACCCACCAGGAGCAAGGGUGAAGUGUCUUGCUCAAGGACACAACGGACGUGACGAGAAAGACAAUGGUGGCGUAGUGGCCGGGCAGGAAGGAGAAGAGGUCUUCCCAAAGAUGGCCACUGAGCUCCAUGAGGCGAUAGUCAUGGCCAAGCAGGAGCGCCACAAAAAUCUCUUCCUCAACUACAGAAAUCUGAACCAUUUCCCAGUGGAUCUGCUCAAAGAUGAAGGCCUGCAGUUUCUGGAGAGGCUUUACAUGAAGAGGAACUUGCUCACUACGUUGCCUGACAAUCUUCCACAGAAGUUACCAAAUCUAAUAGAACUGUAUUUGCACUCUAACAACAUAGUGCUUAUUCCGGAAGCAAUUGGAAACUUGGCCCGUCUGCAGUCACUGGACCUGAGCAACAACGCCCUCCAGCUGCUGUGUCCGGAGGUGGGCCGACUGAGGACGUUACGCCACCUGAGGCUGUCCAACAACCAGUUGAAGUGCCUCCCGCCAGAGAUUGGCGACCUGCAUGAGCUGGAGACUUUGGACGUGUCCAUGAACCAGCUCAUGUCCCUCCCCGAUCGUCUGCACCGCUGCAUCUCUCUGCAGAGCCUCAGCGCCGACCACAACCUGCUGAGCCAGGUUCCCCGCCACCUCUGCUGGCUGCACCGCCUCAACCAGCUCUCCAUGGCGGCCAACCGCCUCACCUUCCUGCCACUCGAUCUGGGGCGAUCACGGGAACUCCAGUUUGUAUUUGUGGACAACAAUGUGGACCUGAAGGGCCUACCGUCUUACUUGUACAACAAGGUCAUCGGCUGCAGCGGGUGUGGCGUGUCGCCACAUGUGCUCACCGGCGAGCUGGGCGACUCUCUGGAUGAGGAUCUGAGCAAAGGUCUGGUUGGGCUGCCCGCUGAUGUCAAGGUGGUCACCUCAGAGGCAGACAACGUGGUUCCCUUAGAGGAGCUCGCCAUGAGAACACUACACCGCCUCUUCCACCAGCAACGCAACCACCAUCGCCGCCACACAGAUGUCAACUUCCUGCCUCCCAUGGCUCUGCCAAAGAGUUUUCUUGACCUGCUGCAGUUCCCGCUAGGUCACUGUCACCGCUGCAGCCAAGCCAUGUUCACCAUCAUCUACCCCAAACUCUUCCCACUGCGUCACACCGCCCUGGCAGGCGUGCACCGCAGGGCAACCGUCAGUUUUGUAGCGUACUGCUGCUCCAAGCGCUGCCUACGAACAUUUAACCUCCAAGGAUGACGUCGCUGCUUUCUUUAGUCUCCUCCCAUUCUGUAGCCAGUGGACUUACGUAAGUGCCAGAAAGGCAGAGGCGGAUGUUUGGUGGCGCUCACGGCAGUCUUGAGGACACGUGCGUGCGUAAUUAUGAACUCCUUAUGUGAACAUUGCACUUUACUGUGCAUGUUGAUUUGAUGACCUGUGUUUGUGUGUUUGUGUGUGUGUGUGUGUGUGUUUUCUUGUAUUUCUACCCUUCUUGAGACAUCAACAAGGAAAACUAGCUUCCAUAUGAGGGGGUGUGAACAAGUUAGGACAUAAAUCACGGUUCAAAUACGGAAAACCAUCGCGUCAAAUAGAGAAUGUCUCAUUUGCAACCCUGGUGGCGAAAUCUAUCAAAAUUAGGGUGGUCCCAAAAAGGAGGGAUUUUUCAAAUUGACUGUGUGUUGCUUUUAAAAGUGCUUCCCCACUGUUCAACAUAUGACAUAACAAGUGUGUGUAAGAAAUUGAAAUACAUCCCAUUUGGCCAAAAUAAAUAAAAAACAUAAAAAAAUAUAUGUAUAUAGAGACAUACUUAAAUAACUUCAAGUAAAUAAUGAAGAUUGAAAACCAAUUACAUUCUAAAAACUAAAAGCAGUCUUUUUUCACACAAUGUCUCGACUUUUUUCUCAUAAAAUUGGGAACAACUUCUCAUAUUCUGUUACUGUAAUAUUGCAAUAUUUUCUUGUAAAAUUAUUGCUUUUUUAUUUAAGUUAUUUCUUGUUGUUGCAAAAUGGUGACAUUUGUCAUAUAACAUUUCGACUUUUAUCACAAUAUUGGCAAUUGUUUUGUUGUUCUUGUGAAAUAGUGACAUUUUUUGAGUUAAAUUCAAUCUUAUUUUAAUAUUGCCAAAAAUGGUAAGUUUUCUUAUAAAACUGUGACUUGUCGAGUAAAAUGACUCUUCAUACAAUUUACACAAUUUUAAGCUUUUCUUGUAAAAUUGCGACUGUUGUUCAGUAAAAUUCCAACUUUUCUCAUAAUACUGCACGAAAUUCAGUUUUUCUUGUAAAAUUUUGACUUGCGUUGAAUAAAAUUACGACUUUUAUUAUGAUACUAGAAGGAAGCAUUUUUUGGAGGUCUCAAAAAGGUAACAAAUACAAGAAAGUGUGUGUGUGUGUGGGUGUGUGUGUGUGUGUGUGUGCCAACUAUGAAAAGACCAUGAUUUAAACCCCAACUCACCUAAGAGCACUUUAACAUUUUACUUUUCAGGCACACUUUUGAUGGAAAGGUUAAGUUGGAAGAAUGUGAAUGAAGUUGAUGUCUUGGUAGCACACACAAACACACACACAUACACAAUGUUUAACACACAAAAAGAAGAAACCUCAGGGAAAGUUCAAGUGGACCGUCUUAUUAUUUUGGACACAGUUGAACGCAAGGAGAGUCAAAUGAAAGAUCUAUGGCCCCUGGGAUGAUAUUUGAUUAGUAUUAGAAGCGGCCCGCAGGCCACGGACGCCAACUGCUGUUUUACACGCACCAAUUUUCAAAAUGGGGUCCCAGGGACCCCAUCAUGUCAUAAAAAUGGGGUCACACAGUGCAUUUUUGGGGUCCCACUUUUUUGUAACCAUUUUGGAAAUAAAUGAUAAAUGUAUGUAUUAUCCUGUUACAUCUCACAUUCUAUAUUGUGUUUUGGAAAAAAAAUUGUCAUAAACGUUAAUUCAUUAAAAACAAAUACAAAAAAAAUGUAUUCAGUUAUAAACAUUCAUUCACUUUCUUCGUUCUUUCAUGGAUCUAAACUUUACCGCUGCCGUAUUUUUUUCUAUAUUUUUAUUGUCAUAUUUUCAGAAUGUGUUUGUUCUGUUUUUGGCCAAAGAAAACAAUCUGAAGUUGUCUUUGUUUUUUAGUUUUAAUGCCAUGAUUUUAAUAGUUGGGCCCGCGAGUGUACAGAUUUUCCUCCAUGCGGCCCCUGAGCUAAAAUGAGUUUGACACCACUGAUUUAAGCAUUGUGAACUUCUCUUUUCCGCCAGAGGUCCUCCAUCCCCCUUUUAAAACGGCACCGGUAAAGAAGUGUUGUUUGGACUCACAUUUUUACUUACUGUCUGUCUGACUUUGAACUUUUAUUUGGACAAAGAAAUUUACAAAUAAAACAUUGUUUUAAAACUU